AUGGGUUUACCGUGCUUAGCACCGCUCUUCUCGCGCUUGACACAUCUUCUCAACAACAAUGAGGGCACCAGUUGGACCGACCGGUGCCAUUUGACACAAGAACGGAUGAAGGGCGCAUUCCGACAUAAGAAGAUCAGUUUGCAGAUGCUCAGGAGAAAGCGCCAGACACCUUCUCAGAGCCAUGACACGAACAAUCUCGUAUCAAGACAACACUCGAGCAUGCUCUACGCAACAAGAUACGAACCAAGUUGCACCACGAAACGCAGAAGUAAAGAACCUGUUUACCAUCACGUUGUCCCUGCUCCAGUGGCAAUACCAUAUUACAUCGAUCGUGCAUGCCAAACUGACUUCUGUCAAACUUCGCCGCCCUCAACAGACGAUCUGGUCUUUGCAAGGGCUUUAGACGAGUGCAGGAUUCCAGAUGGGAGGCCACCUCCGCCGUAUGCUCCUCGAGAUGACUUUAGGUUGUAA